CUCUCUGCUAUGGACAGUGCCAUCACCCUGUGGCAGUUCCUCCUCCAGCUGCUCCAAGAGCCUCAGAACAAGAACAUCAUCUGCUGGACCUCCAACGACGGGGAAUUCAAGCUGCUGCAGGCAGAGGAGGUGGCCAGGCUCUGGGGGAUCCGUAAGAACAAGCCCAGCAUGAACUAUGAUAAACUCAGCCGGGCGCUGCGCUACUACUACGUGAAGAAUAUCAUCAAGAAGGUGAAUGGCAAGAAAUUUGUGUACAAAUUCGUGUCCUACCCGGAGAUCCUGAACAUGGAUCCGCUGGUGGUGGGCCGGAUCGAGGGGGACCCCGAGAUGCCCGGCUUUGGGGAGGUCACCAGCACCCCCAAGGACGUGGAGAGCUGUGGCAAGGAGAAAUCCCAGUCGUGUGCAAAGUCCUCCAGCCGUAAUGACUACAUCCACUCAGGCCUGUACUCCUCCUUCACCCUCAACUCCCUCAACUCCUCCAGCGUGAAGCUCUUCAGGUCCAUCAAGAUCGAGAACCCGGCCGAGAAGCUGACGGAGAAGAAACCUCAGGACCCCACCCCUUCUGUCAUCAAGUUUGUCACCGUGCCCUCCAAAAAGCCACCGCCCUCUGCCCCCCUGGUUUCCACCGCUUCGGCCGUGGCUGUCACCUCCACGGCUUCUGCCAGCCCCGCCGUGUCCUCCUCGCUCCCGCUGGGCUCUGAGGAGACUCUGCAGACCCUGGAGACUCUUGUCCUGCCCAAGCUCAGCGUCCCUGAAGCUCCUCCAGCGCCUUUGCCAAACUUGAGCACCAGCUACACCCCGACCCCGCCCAUUUCCUCAGUGUCCCCGAGCCUCCAGGUGCCCUCCACGCCGCCCUCGCCGCCGCUGAGCUCCAACCCCGACCUGGACAUUGACACAGACAUCGAAUCUGUGACUUCCCAGCAGCUGGAGCAGGCCCAGAGCCUCCAGCAGCAAUCCCCAGAGCCCAAAGAGCAGCAGGAUUCAGCUGCAGGGUUGGAGAAGGAAUUUGCCAAUCACCUCUCCAGGUCGAAAAAACCCAAAGGGCUGGAGCUGGCUCCCACUCUGGUGAUCACAGGCAGUGAUCCAAGUCCUCUGGGCAUCCUGAGUCCUUCUCUCCCAACUGCUUCUCUUACUCCAGCACUUUUCUCUCAGACUCCCAUCCUGCUGACUCCCAGCCCUCUGCUCUCCAGCAUCCACUUCUGGAGCACCCUGAGCCCCGUGGCUCCCCUGAGCCCUGCCCGCCUGCAAGGUGCUAACACCCUGUUCCAGUUCCCAUCCGUGCUGAACAGUCAUGGCCCAUUUACCCUGUCUGGACUGGAUGGACCCUCCACCCCUGGCCCCUUUUCCCCAGACCUGCAGAAGACAUAGCACAUGGGAUUUCUGCACAAGGACAGCAAGGCAAAAGAGAUGGGACAUUUUCCCUUCCACCACCUGUUUUUUUAAAACAAGCAGUUUGGAAUUCCACUGAGAUUCUCAACAGUCGGAGUCGUUGCCA